AUGUUCAAGCCAACUGCAGUUAAAGAAGCUCAAGACUUUAUCGAGUUUGUCAACAAGUCCCCUUCCCCUUUCCACGCUACCUUUGAGGCCUCAGAGAUCCUCAAGGCUGCAGGUUUCAAGGAAAUCAAGGAACGCGAUAGCUGGAAUGAUGGCUUGAUUCAGCGCAAAGGCAAGUACUUUUUCACCCGUAAUGGCUCUGCCAUUGUUGCUUUUGAAGUCGGUGGAAAGUACAAUCCCGGAAACGGUUUCUCCAUCAUUGGCGCUCACACCGAUUCUCCUUGUCUCAAGAUCAAACCCAUCUCCAAGAAGGACAAGUCUGGAUACUUGGAAGUGGGAGUUCAGCUUUAUGGCGGUGGUAUUUGGCACACUUGGUUUGAUAGAGAUUUAAGUGUAGCUGGCCGUGUUCUUGUUGAACAGGAGGAUGGCACCUUCAAGCACACGUUGGUCAAGGUUGACAGACCUAUUUUGCGUAUCCCCACUCUUGCCAUUCACUUGGAUCGCACAGCUAAUGACAGUUUUGCAUUCAACAAGGAGACCCAGCUGGCUCCCAUUCUUGCCACUGCUGCCAAGGCCCAAUUAUCUGGCAUUGAAGCUACUGAAGGCGUUGAAGCCGAGGCAAACCAUCAUCCUUUAUUGAUCAGGAUCUUGGCUGAUGAAAUGAACAUUAAGCCUCACCAAAUUCGUGAUUUCGAACUGGCUGUGUACGACACUCAAAAAUCCGUUAUUGGUGGUGCUUGCAACGAAUUCAUCUUUUCUCCUCGCCUUGAUAACCUCGAGAUGUCCUACUGCUCCAUCAUUGCAUUGACACAAGCCAAGGACAUUGAAAACGAUAGCAACAUCCGUAUUGCCGCUUUGUUUGAUAAUGAAGAAGUUGGAUCCAUGACAGCUCACGGCGCUGAUUCCAAUCUCUUGCCUGUCACUCUUCAACGUUUGGCCAAUACACAUGUCCUUGAUGCCGUCAAGGAUGUUUCUUCAACAGCUUUUGAAGAGGCUAUUCACAAGAGUAUCUUGGUGAGUGCGGAUAUGGCACACGCCAUCAACCCCAACUAUGCUGAUAAGCACGAAGAGAACCAUCGUCCUGAAAUGCACAAGGGUACCGUUAUCAAGAUCAAUGCCAACCAACGUUAUGCCACUACUGCCAUUACAAGUUUGGUAUUGAAAGAAUUAGCAAAGAAGCACCAAAUCCCUAUCCAGGAAUUUGUUGUGCGUAAUGAUUCCAGCUGUGGCUCUACUAUCGGUCCCAUGUUGAGUGCUAAGCUUGGCCUCCGUACAGUUGAUAUCGGUAAUCCUCAAUUGAGUAUGCACUCUAUUCGUGAGACGGGUGGCACUGAUGAUGUGAAGCAUGGCAUUGAUUUGUUAAGAGCAUUUUACGAGGAAUUUGCUGUAUUGGAACAAAAGUUCAUUGUCGAUUAA